UUUACUUUAUCUGUCUAUGUAUAUGUGUUUGUUUGUGUGUGUGUAAACGCACUUGUUUGAUUUUGAGGGUAAUUCAUCAUCACUAUAACCUUUAAUUGUCCCUUAUUAGGUUUUCAAUUGCCACAAUUAAAAACUUUAUUCUGUUCCAUUAUAAAAAAUCAAACUUUAGAUCGAUUCCUUCUGAACUGGUUUACUUAGAGAAAAUUAUGCAAGACUUGAAUGGUUUAUACUAUCGAAGGCAGUCCCGAUUUCGCGGAGUUUUCAAUGGAAGUUGUGCCAUAGCGUUGUUUCUGUUCUUCUUCUUCCACGAAAAAGGUCAUUUUCUCACCAACUCACCUCCUGUUAAGUGGGGUCUGAGAGGUGUGUCAUAUGUUGGGAUUGAUGAUCAGGCUGAGGUUAUUGAUAGGCGAAUUGCUGAAGUUGGGGUGAAUGAUGGGUCAGUAGAGAAUAAUUUGACUGCAAAAAAUAUUGUGGCUUGCUCUGGAUUGUAUGAACACAAAGGUUAUCGGAGCCCAUGUGAGUUUUUGAGAGCCAAUCCUCAGUGCACGUCCGGAGGUGUUUUCGAUUACAUAGUUUUCUUUUAUUGUGAUUGCGAAGAACAUAGUUUGUUGGGCUAUGUAGUUCUCGUUGUUUGGUUAGCUGCUCUGUUUUAUUUACUGGGUAAUACUGCUGCGGAUUACUUUUGUUGUUGUCUUGAGAAGCUCUCAAAUCUGUUGAAGUUACCACCAACAGUUGCUGGUGUUACUCUGCUUCCUCUUGGAAAUGGAGCGCCUGAUGUGUUUGCCAGCAUUGCUGCUUUUGUGGGCAGCAACGCUGGUGAAGUUGGUCUUAAUAGCGUGUUGGGUGGAGCUGUGUUUGUUACUUGUAUUGUUGUAGGGACUAUUUCUAUGUGCGUGGCCGAACAAAGGGUUAAGAUAGAUAAAAAGUGCUUUUUAAGGGAUGUGUGUUUCUUUCUCUUUACUGUUGUGUCCCUAUUUAUUAUUCUGAUUGUUGGUAAGGUGAGCAUUGGGUGCGGGAUUGCAUUUGUUUCAAUCUAUGCGGUUUAUGUCUUCUCUGUUGUUGCAAGUGAAAUUUUGAAAAAACGCGGCUGGAGGUUAAGGUUGGGUUUGGUUAUGCCAUUGCUACCUGUUUCAAGAUGUAUGUUUUCUAAUGAAAAUGAAGAGGAUGAAUCCAUGAGUGCAUCACUUAUUGAGUCUGAUUCUGAGAAUGAUGUGCCGCUUCUCCAAACUAAGGUGCCCCAUUGGAUGUGGACUUCCCAUGUGGCAAUUUAUUCAAAUGAGGGUGUGAAGGAUAGAAUAGAAGAGAGCCCAAAGCCUUUAUGGGGUUGGAAUGAAGCGGAGAUGGCGAAUCAUGGCUCCACUUGUUCCAAGUUAUGUGCAUUGCUGGAAAUGCCCCUGGUGCUUCCGAGACGGUUGACCAUUCCUAUAGUUGAGGAGGAGCGGUGGUCGAAGGGGUAUGCUGUGGCCAGUGCUUCAUUCGCACCCAUGCUUCUGGCAUUACUCUGGAACACCAAAGAUAAUGUGGGUUCUCUGGGUGGAGAAAUUGCAUAUCUUAUUGGUGCUGCAGUUGGUGGUGUUCUUGGCAUUCUUGCAUUUAUAUACACCAGUGCUGAUCAUCCACCCCGCAAGUUCUUAUUUCCAUGGGUUUUUGGGGGUUUUUUUAUGAGUAUUAUUUGGUUCUACAUUGUUGCAAAUGAGCUUGUUGCUCUACUGGUCGCAUUAGGAGUGAUAUUUGGAAUCAAGCCAUCAGUUCUCGGAUCAACUGUAUUGGCAUGGGGCAACUCAAUGGGUGAUUUAAUGUCAAAUGUGGCUCUGGCAAUGAAUGGUGGAGAUGGUGUGCAGAUUUCCAUGUCAGGAUGCUAUGCAGGGCCUAUGUUUAACACACUUGCUGGUUUGGGGAUCUCAAUGCUGAUUGGGGCCUGGUCAAAUAGACCAAUGUCAUAUGUACUUCCAUGGGAUAGUAGCUUGUAUUUUACAAUGGGGUUUCUCAUGUUAGGGCUUGUUUGGGCACUAAUUGUGCUGCCACUAAAUGAUAUGCGCCCUAGCAAGCUGUUGGGAAUGGGCCUUAUAACCAUCUAUUUGGUAUAUCUCUCAUUCAGGUUGAGUGCUGCUAUUGGUGUUGUGUCAUUCGAAGGUUCGAUUUAACCCUUCUAUUGGUCACUAUCACAAAGAACUGAGUGAUCAUUGAUGAUUUCUGAAUUUGGGAAAGUAGUCUGUUCAACACGGUCAGUUCAUCCUUUUCCCUUUAUUUUGUAGUAGUAGUAUAGUUACUCUUGCUAGGCUUGUUGACCCUGACUUGGAGGCAAUGACAGUUCAUGAGUUGUCUCAGCAAUAUGUACAUAUUAUAGAAGCAUUAUAUAUCGUUGUUUAUACCUUACAAAUUUCACAUUUUAAAAGAAAUUUGUUUGGGUUUAAUUUUAUGAACUCUUAUAUUUUGUGUGUG